CAAAUUCUUAUUUUCGUAACUUUUUGUUCGUUAAUUUGAUUGCAGUUAUCAGUAAUUUAUUGAAUGUUAUUUACUUGUAGUUGUAUAAAGUCUACUGUAAUGUAACAGACAGCAAAUUUUGGUGCAUUCACAAUCUUGCUAUUGCUUGAAAGCACUUCUCUAGUUUGGUCUUGAUAGCUUUCUUCGACAAUUGAUUUACUUGCCUAGUUUUUGAGCCUUUACUUUUAUUGUACACGUAAGUAAAUACUUUUAUUGAAUUGAUUGUGGACGGUUUGCGAACAUUCUUUAAAUAUGUCGUGAACUAUCUGAAGUGUUCUCGAUAUCAAGUAAAAAUUCAAACGUCCUUUAGGUUUAGACUACUACAGUUCCUUGAAUAAGCUACUGACAUAAAACUUAAUGAAUAACAUUCAUAUAGAAAAUCCUUCGACUUUUAUAUUACUAGUAAAGAUUGAAACCUAUAGACUGAUAACAUUGUAUGAUCUUACUUCCUCCUGUUACCCCGAUGGAGAAACAUAGGCCAACCUUCAGUAUUCUCCAUCUAAUUCUGUCCUCGACAAUCCUUCCCGGUUGCUAUUCAUCUUUCUCAUGUCUUCUUCCAGUUUUCAACGUAGUGCGUUCUUCGGACUUCCUCUUCCUUUCCCAUCCAGAAUUUCACGUUAGAGCUUGCCUCGUGAUGCAGUUUGGUGAUUUUCUCAGUGUGUGUCUUAUCCACUUGGGGCGCCUUUUCCUAAUUUACUCUUCAGCUGGGAGCUGGUUUAUCUUCUCUUACAGUAGUGUGUUGCUGAUUAUUUUCGGCCAACAGGCAUUGAGUAUCUUGCAUAGACAACUGUUUAUAAGUACUUGUACCUUUUUGAUGAUGUUUGUGGUAGUUCUCCAACUUUCAGCUCCGUACAGUAGAACUCCAAUCAUAUUACUUUGUAUAAGCUUCUUGGUCAUAUCUUUUCGUAUCAUAUUGUUUAUGUUCAGCCUCUUUUGUUAUCAUUACAAACAGAUUAUUUUAAUUUCUUUCUCAUUCAUCUUGUUAAGUCACUCUCUUUGUGCUGAUAUGGCAUGUAAAUUUGGGCCGACGCAUGUUCGUAACAGGCUCUGCGUUAAUUAUGUUUGAAUCAACGACAUUUACCUAUAAUUAAGUUGUUUUUACACUUUAAAUAGAUUAUCCAUACAUUUGUUCAUUAAUUCUAGAAAUAUGUUGAUGCAAUUUGUCCACCUGACUCACGAAGUGAAGAAGAUGAGAUUCUAUACGGUGUUGGCUUUGGAUUUGAAUUUCUACAAAAAAUUAACCCUAAUUAUCAGUCUAGAGGAAUUAAUAAUUACGAAUACCGUGAACGGUCAGGAAAACUUGGUAAAUUACCUAAAACAGAUGGAGAUAUAUUUAUUCAUGCUAAAUGUCAUGAAUAUGGUAAAUUGUUUGAAUUGACACAAGCUAUUAUCAAUAAUUUACCAAAUGGAUCUGUAAUCAAAUUUGAAGAUAUCUACGGAUGGGUUUAUCGUAAUGGACGAGAUUUGAGUGGUUUCAUUGAUGGCACAGAGAAUCCGGCAGAUCCUGAUGAACGAGCUGAAGUGGUGAUCAAUACAAAGACCGGUGGAAGUUACGCUGUUGUUCAAAAAUGGGUUCACAAUAUGGAUAUGAUUCGGACAACAAAAGGUAAAGUAUAAUAUGAAUUCAUUAUAUUUCGUGGUUUCUCAUCAGUCGCCUACAAUCAUAUAUGUAUUGAAUGUCAACAUUAAAGUAAUAUAUCGAGUGAAACGAUUGACAUAUGAAUGAAAAGAAUUGAAACGACUAAGGUUAUCAAUAAUAAGUAUAUGUAUAUAUGUGCAAGAACAGGCCGGAGGUCAUUUGGUGUUAGAAUCUAAAACAAGCAUAAGGGAUGGGUUAUGCAUUAAUCAAGUGAGGUUUAUAUAUGAUUCCUGGAAUUAAAAAAAAUAAUCGAUACGAUGUGUUACGUAAACUCUGUGAGUAUGGGAAAUACUAUAUCUUUUCUACUUCAAGGACUAUCGUCCUUAAUGUUUUGACUUAGAUAACUCCAGAGAGUUGUUGACACCAUAAGUUAGUUUUGGCUAGAUAAACGUUUUGAAAUCCUAAAACUAAUUUAUCACUGAAUUUUUUUUUGCGGUUUUUAAUGUUUCACCCGUUCAAAUCCGCAAUACUCUCCUAAUAGUCGAAUCUAAUAGUUUUGAAAUAAGUUGGUUACCUUAAGACUACUGAGUUUUUUGUCAAUUAGUGAUUCACAUUACCUACUUUAGUCAAAUUUUUGUACUAUGUAAUCAUUUCUUUUUACUAUAGAGUAAUAUCAAUCUUCACUGUUGACUUUACUUUGCGGAUUCUCACCAUCUGCUUACAAUUGUAGUCAGUAUACGAUUAGGUGAUAGAGAUUAAAUGACUGAAAAAAUUGUAGUGACAAUAAGUAUCAGUACUGUAUAUACAUAUAAGUGAAUAAACACGUCCACAGUCAAUCGAAGAUAGAUACAGAGGAUAUGAAGGUGAAUAUGGAAGUAAUUGUGUUCAUGCCAAUCUAUAUACAUUGAAAGAACAAUGAGAAGUAUGUAUAUUUUUAUUUCCAUAUUCCAAAGAGUUUGAAAAGGAUAGUUGCCACAGUCUUAAACAGUCCAGUAAGUUAUCGUCUAAUCAACACCUAGCGUAUCAUUGAUAUUCAUCAAUUAUUUGAAAUAAUUACUAGUUAAGACGAUACAACACCUUUAUACUUCUCUUAAACAGUAAUAAUAAGUACAGGGAGGCACCAAAUACAUAUGCGCCACACAGAUCUAAUUUUAUAUGUGUGAGGGCUGUGAUACUGCCCGGGUGCCCAAACCGAAGCAGGUGGUUUUCUUAGGGGACCACACUCCUAGCCUUUGACCCAAAGGUCUGAUCCACAGGGCAGUGGAGCAUCGUGAGGAGAUGCAUUCCCAUGGUGGCCGGUGACCAACGAUUGGUUCAUACGCCAUUUGUUCCCGCAGGAUACUGGAGCCCAUGUGCACCAUUGGUUUGGAACCCGGUUAAAGCGCCGGAUGUUCGCUUUUCUUCCUCUCAUUUUCGUGAACAACACCCCCACCACGAGAAGGCAGUGAGUAGGACUUCUCUGGCAGAGGCUGUAUACGCGUGGCUGUGUGAGAGCAUUUCGAGAGGGAGGGCGGGCCCACCACACUCUCGGCCAUACCAGGGCAUUUGGGGAACUUUUACAUUACUUAAAGCGACAUUUCUCAGUCUAAUUCAUAAUUUGGAGAUUGUAAUAAUUUAAUAAUUAAAUUCAUGAGUCAUUUGAAGCUAGAACAUCAUGGAAAACCUGGAAGCACUGGAUAGCCGCUUCAUUCACCAUUUGAUGUCGAAUCAGUUGUCUAGGACCAAUGGGUCCUGGGUUCGAUUCUCACAGGACAGGAUCACGGAUACACACCGCUCAGGAGUUCCAUACUAAGAUGAAACGACUGUUCAGUGUUUCCAGUUGUCUGAUUGUGGUCUAUCUUCAAUUGACUCAUGAAUUCAAUUAUUAAAAUUACUAUCCUCUCCAAAAAAGCCCUCUGAUUAAAAUCUUUUAUUAUCAUUAUUGUAUUUUCAGUUUUGUUAUUCAAUCUUCACUUAGAUUAAUUUUAGUUCACACAUGAUUUUGACUCAUUUAGUUCAUAAACUAUUACAAACUUUUCACUAAUUAAGUAUUACGCAAUCAAUCUUAUCAGUUUAUAAAUCUUUGAUCAUUAUGACCUCUUUUAACUUAUAGUUUCAAUGUAUCUAUUUCAAAUUAAUCUUACAUAAUCUAAUUCACACUUUUUUUUCGAUUUCUCCAUCAUUAUUGUGUAAUUUUCACAGUUAAAUUCACGAAUCGAUCUAACUUAGAUCACUAUUGAACAUCUGGAAGUACUGGAUAAUUGUUUCAUUCUAAUAUGGGACUCUUUAUCAGUGCCCAUCCGUGAUUGCACACUUAGGACUCGAACUAGAACUAACUUUCGGUCUUGCACAUGAAUGCUUCACUUCUAGACCACUGAACUGCCAUCCGACGGUAAGAUAAAACAACCAUGCAGUAGUUCCAUGUUUUCAAUGAUGAUCUAGCUGAAAUCAAUCCAUGAAUUCGAUUGUGAAGAUGAUACAAUCUCCACAAAUCGCUAUACUGAUAUUAUGGGAUUGUUUCAUUUUAUGAUGUAUUUUAAUAUGAAUAUGAUUAUAAGCAGUUGAGGAUAAACUAAAGAAUGAAAAAUGUAUUUAUAAUAUUCAAUGUCAGUUGUCCUGUUUAUUUUAUCCUUGUUAGUGGUUUGGUAAAUCUUUUCUCGAUGUAUGAUUCGUAAUACUUUUUUAAAUAAUGACCCAUAGUGUAGGCGAUCUGUAGGUUUCAUAUAUUUGACUUCUUUUUUUAUUUAUAAAUUUGAUGGUAAAGUCAAGUCAACAUUUGACUUACUUACUUACGUCUGUUACCUGAUGGAAGAGCAUAGGUUGCCGACCAGCAUUCUCCAACACUGUUCUGGGCUUUCCUUCGUAGUUGUAUCUAAUUGUUGUUCAUUCUCCUUAUGUCUGUCUCCGUUUCUCGGUGUAAUGUGUCAUUUGGUCUUCCUCUUCUCCUUUGGCAUUGAGGAUUCCAAGUAAGAACUUGCCUUGUGACGCACUUGGGUGCUUUCCUCAAUAUUUUUCCUAUUCACUCCCAGCGCUUCUUCCUGAUUUCUUUCUCCGCUGGAACCUGGUUUGUUCUCUCCUACAGUAGGUUGUUGCUGUUCGUGUCUAGUCAACAUAUCAGAGGUAUUUUGCGUAGAAAAUUGUUAAUGAACACUUGUAUCUUCUGGAUGAUGGCUUUCGUCGUUCUUCAAGUUUCCGCGUUAUACAAUAGAACUUUCUUGACAUUUGUAUUGAAAAUCUCGACUGUGGUGUUGGCUGACAUUUGUUUUGAGUUCCAGUUAUUCUUCACAUGUAGAUAUGCUGUAGUCAACAAUUUAGACAGAAUAAAUUGAAUUCAUUUGCAUUUCGUAUCUUUUUUUCUUCAACCAUCAUAUUAAUGUGUGACACCACCUGAAUUUCUUCUUCUUUUUCUUCUUAUUAUUAUCAUUAUUAC